CCCCGUAGCUUCGAUGAGCGCCAGACAUCCUUUGGGAUAGGCUCGACUUGAGGAGACUUGCGCAUCGGCCGAGACAACCUCGUUCGCCGUUUAAAGUGUGACGACUCCGUACUAUGUGAUAGAAGCCUGUCCAGGACUGCUUGACUAUUCCAGAAGUCGCCAGAAAGAUGACCGGCAUCCUUCGCGGCAAAAGGGCGCGUGGACGGCUAUCGAAACCUUCAGAGUUCAGGCGCCGUAUCCUGAGGGCGGCAAGCGUUUCUUCCGACGACGAUAUCCCGGCGGCCAUCAUAGCCUUAUUUUACUUUGAACUGUUUUUCCUCUGUGAUUGCGUUCGUUUCUGCAUCUGCACAAACUCGUCACUGCAAACCCCUUUCUACCCCUUUUCUGCACCUGUCGAGCUUGCGAACCGCCAUCUCCAAAAACUCUGUCACCGCGCCCUCCCCUCCACCAGGUCCUCUCAAUUCUCAUCCUCAGUUCCCAUAGAGCGAGGUGCUUUGCUCUCCGACUACGCAAAUGUUGCAGCCGGCCAAAGAGUGAAAGCUGCCUCCCUCCGGCCCUGUAUCCGUCGUCAGCAGAGAAGCCAGAACUCGAGUAUUCGUCUUUAGCCCCGUUCCGAAUCCGCUCCGAGCGGGGCCCGGAUGACCGUCACGUCGCGGGGGAACGGAUCACGGGCGUUUCGGCGGGGCUUGGGCCCGGCCCCUACCGCCGAU